UGUGUGAUCAGUGUGUACAUCUGUACUGUGUAUAGUGUGUUGUGUGAUCAUUGUGUACAUCUGUACUGUGUAUAGUGUGUUGUGUGAUCAUUGUGUACAUCUGUACUGUGUAUAGUGUGUUGUGUGAAUCUGGUGUGUGUAUUGUUAAUAAGAAUGGAACUGGUUGAGAAAUACAUUAAGAAAUAUGCCUCUGUCACAUUUAUUACAUGUGCAGAAGAUCCAUUGACACGUCAGUUUUAUAAUGUAAUUAAACAAUGUGAAAAGCACAAUAAUGAACUAAGUAGAAAACUGUUUCAGAAAGACAUAGAAAAAAGAGAGCUAUGUAAUUUACUGAGUAUGUUUCUAAGAAUAAAAGAGAUUGCUGAACAGAAAGAGUUGGAAUGGAAGGCAGAAAGAACUGAUAUCAUAGAACAGCUGGAUAAACUUGGUCAAUCUAUUAUGGCUGUUGCUAGUCACUCUGAAAAGAGAUGUGAGUGUGAUACACUGAGUGAAGAGAUAGACAAACUUACUAAACUGAAUGCUGAGCUACAAGAGAGGCUUAAUGAAUGUGAAGUGAGGUGUGGCAUGGGAGAACAAUUAGUAAUAUGUAUGGAACAAAAGGAAAUGCAGAGAGAGAAUGUUAUUGCAUCACUUAAGGCAGAUUUAUGGGAGUCUGAAUCACAGCUUUUAAAUAAGGAACAACGUAUCUUGUCUCUUAAAGCACAGGGGAUACAAGACAAAUGCAACUGUUACAGGAGUAGUCUAGCACAUGUGUGUCCUUUAGAAGUAGAUGGUAAUGAAAGUCAAACUAUAGAACUAGAUGGACAAACCCCUAACAUUCCUGACAGUUCUUUGUUAACUUUAAACCAGGUCCCCUCUACUCUAACUCCUCAAAAAGAAUGCAGACAAAGUAACCCUCAAUUACAGACUAAAGUAAAUAAUCAUAGUAACUCUGCCCCCCUUACAAUACAAGACCGUAAUAAUUUGUGCCAUAUUUUAGGUCACUUUGAUACCUCCACACCACCUGUAAUCAUUUCUAAUAAGUUAGAAGCUGUUAUUACUCAGUAUAAUUUAGGCAACAGAGAUGCCUGCGCUUUGCUUCGGGCCUGGUUGCCAUCACAAGUAGCUGCACAGCUAAGGGCACCAGUAGGCACCCAUAAAGGAAUGUCUCCUGAUAUUGAUGCAAACUGGGGAAAUUCAGGGGACAGAUUAAAGGAAUUACAGUAUGUUAUGUGUUGUCGUGAUGCCAGAGGUACCAGUGCCAUAGCAAAUGCAAGUUUAAAGGAAGGAGAUGACCCGAUUUUGUUUUGCACUGAGUACCUUGCACUGUAUAAGAUAACUUAUGACUGCCCUAACAUGUCCCCAGAUGAUGCAGAUUUUCUGUAUUCUAUGGCAAAUAAAUGCACACUAAUUGACUGUAGUACAAGAAUCACUCUUAGAAAUGCCAGCUCCUAUACCAACUUUGUUAACAUACUUAAAGACUGGUUUAAAGACUCAAAGCAUAAGAAUGCUACUCAUAAUAAUAUAUCUAUGCCAACUGAGAGUCAGGGAAAGCAGAGAUUUUUGAGACGCUGUUUUAAAUGUGGAAAGUUUGGGCACAUCAUGAGGGAAUGUGUGACAUCAAUGAGAGAUAUCAGGGAUAAAAAUUACUUUAGGAGGCAGAACAAAAUAUCAUAUUUAAGUAAGGAAGGAAAAUACAGUGCUAUAUUUGAAGGUGAAAAGGAACAGAAUAUAUCUUCUUUAACAAAGAAAGAAAUAAUAGAAGUGCGGUAUGCAGUCAUACUGGAAAAUGCAUUUGAAGUACAAUAUGACACAUACAUUGUGUGUGAAAGGGGAGCAAUGAUUAUUUCAAGAGUUUACGAUAAGCUGCCUAUGACUUCAGGUCUCAGUCGCAGCAAUGCUGUUAUCUGCAGUGGGAAAGCAAUGCCUUUGAGGUAUGCUCAGCCUUUGUUGAGAAAAUUCUACUGCGAUAAAUAA